AUGAAGUUGACAGUCAAGACCUUGACUGGCAAAGAAAUUGAAGUAGUUGUUGAUCCCGAGGACAAAUUUUACAGAAUCAAGGAGUAUUUGGAGGAAAGAGAAGGUAUUCCACCCACUCAACAGAGACUUAUUUUCCAGGGAAAGCAAAUUGACGAUGAAAUGACGAUAUCUGCUGCCAAUUUAAGCUCAGGCAUGCAGUUGCAUCUAGUUCUAACACUACGAGGCGGCUUCUAA